AUGACUUUUAUAGCCAAAACUUUUUAUGACCUGCAUGCAACUACGCUGGAAGGGGAAACAAUAGAUUUCAAUAUUUUCAGAGGAAGAGUGGUGCUGAUAGAGAAUGUGGCAUCACUUUGAGGGACAACCACCCAGGACUACAGCCAUCUUAACGAGCUCCAGAGCAGAUAUCCUCACCGACUUGUGGUCCUGGGCUUUCCCUGUAACCAGUUUGGAUACCAGGAGAACUGCUCUAAUGCAGAAAUUCUGAAUUCUUUGAAGUAUGUACGUCCAGGUGAAGGAUAUAAGCCUGAAUUCACCAUUUUUGAGAAGUGCAAUGUAAAUGGGAAUGAUACACAUCCUGUCUUUUCCUAUUUGAAAGACAAGCUCCCUUACCCAGAUGACGACCCAGUGUCAUUCAUGCAGGAUCCUAAAUAUCUGAUCUGGAACCCCAUCAGUCGCAGUGAUAUUUCAUGGAAUUUUGAGAAGUUUCUAGUUGGACCAGAGGGUGAACCUUUCAAGAGAUAUAGCAGGAAGUUUCAGACUAUUAAUAUUGAGCCAGACGUACAAAGAUUGUUAAGGCUGACCAAGAACUAA